CCGAAUUUGUUGUCAUACUGCAAAAAGAAAACAAGGAAUAAAUCAUGGAAAGUGCCAUCACUUGUACUGCUAAUCGAGUAUACAUUAUGUCUGGGAUUUUUAUAUGCCUUUUCGGUAUUAUUUUUAACGUGUUUCUGCAUCAAUUCCUUGUUCAACACCAUGUAUCUAAGACGAUUGCACUGAAACAAGGUUCGUUUAUGAGAAAAUUUUGGAAGAAAUUGCCAUUCCCGUAUGAAUUUCACGCUUACCUUUUCAAUAUAUCCAAUCCAAACGAGAUUCUCCUGGGUGAGAAGCCUGUUUUAAAAGAAAUUGGGCCUUUUGUUUACGACGUUUGGCAAGAAAAGAUAAACGUGGAGGAUCACAAAGAAGAUGAUACACUGAGUUACACGCUGAAAAAGACUUUUUACUUCAAUGCUGCCAAGAGCAAUGGUCUUUCUGACGAGGAUGAAUUCACGCUAGUUCACUAUAUGUACCUAGGUAUGGCCAAUGGAGUUCUAAGAAGUCAGCCUACUGUACUACCUCUUGUUUCAAAAUCCAUCGACAGUUUAUACAACAAACCAAAAAGUUUGUUCGUAACGGUGAUGGCUAGGAAAUACCUGUUUGACGGCUACGAGAUCGAUUGCGUGGGAAUCGAAGAAUUUUUCGCAAAAGUCGUGUGCAACAACAUUAAGGAACAUUGGUUUGAUUAUCGCAUUAAAGAGAUCAAACAAGAUUUCUACACUACGUCUGCUUGGGGCACCUUCAACCACACCGUUGCUUGGACCGGUCGAACUCGAAUCAAUCGAGGAAUAAGAAAGAUCGCUGAAAUCGGCAAAAUCAUCGAAUACAAUAACUCGACCAACUUUGCUAAAUGGAACGACGAGAAGUGCGAUGAGUUUUUGGGCACCGAUGGAACGAUGUUUCAUCCGUUCAUCGGUCGACAGGAGCAUUUAUACAAAGUUGACAAUGUUCUAAGCCGAAGUUUCGACUAUCAGUACGACUCCGACGUUGAACAUAACAAAUUGCGACUGUUUCGCUACACGGCAACUGUGGGUGCCGACUUGGACACAAAUCCAGCUGAUAAAUGCUAUUGUUUAACUCCAGAUCGUUGUCUCAAAGACGGUGUGUUUGAACUCUGGAAAUGCAUGAACUGGGCUCUGGUCGCUUCGAACCCUCAUUUUUAUUUGGCUGAUCCAUAUUACAACGACACGGUCGUUGGCCUCGACCCUAACAAGGACAAACAUAUUUCGACAAUUGACGUCCAUCCAUUGACCGGAAUUGUCAUUCGUGCGAACUUCCGCGUGCAAUUCAACGCCCCACUGACGAGGCAACCAAAGUAUAGACUGCUGAAAAAUGUUUCCGAGGCGCUAUUGCCGAUUGGGUGGACCGAAGAAAAGUACGUUACACCGGAUCCGUUUGUCGAUGUUAUCAAACGCCUUCACGUUUUUGCAGAAUUGGAAAAAUUCAUCGGCUAUGCUAUGAUAGCGAUUGGAUUACUACUAUUUAUCAUCGGGAUCGUGUUUGAUUAUAUGGAACACAGAAAAUCAAACCCAUUCUUGUAAUUCGUAUCAAAUUGAACUUUUA